AUGCCUCCAGGAAGAGCAGUCAAAGGUCGUCCUGCUAGGAGAAAUGUCGAGGAACAAAGGGUACCUAAUGCACUAGAAUUGCAACCCCAAGGAGAGGUCACCAAGGCUAAAUUCUGUGAAGGUAUCCGGAUGUUAAGUCAAGUUGCGACCUAUCAAAUUGGACAGAGAGAUAAUCUACAGGAAGUGGCUGAUACUUCAAGGAUCUGUGAGCUUUUAAGGAUGAACCCACCAAGCUUCUUAUGUUCAAGUGUCACUGAGGAUCUGAAAAACCUAAUUGAGGAGCUAAAAAGGGUAUUUGAUUUGAUGCAUUUUGCUGAUGAGGAGAGGGUGGAACUAGCUGCAUACCAAAUGAAGGGUGUCGCUAGAAUUUGUCAAGCAAGGAAGGCAAGGCAAGCUAUGCUGAUCGGGGAUAUGGACCUAGCAAGGCUUAUGAUCCAUGUACAACAAGUUGAGGAAGAUAAGCUGAAGGAUAGAAAAGAGUUUAAUAAUAAGAGGGCUAAGACAUCAGGGAACGAGUUCAGGCAGCAAAAGAGUAGUGCGAACCGGACUUUCUUCCAACAGAAACCGAAAGGACCUGCCCCAUCAUCUGGAAUUGAGAAAGAGGUUAACUACUCUCCCAGUUUUGACCUUACCGGAAGAAUUUCCAAAAGGAUUGGCAAGGUAGCUUAUGAAUUGGAGUUACCACAAGAGUUAACAGCGGUUCAUCAGAUAAUCAUGCCUCCAGGAAGUACAGUCAGAGGUCGUCCUGCUAGGAGAAAUGUCGAGGAACAAAGGCUACCUAAUGCAUCAGAAGUGCAACCCCAAUGA